AUGAGUAAGGAUGUGAAAGCAUCGAAGAAUCAAAACAUUGAAAUUUAUGAAUUGAGGAAGGGUGAUUUCUCGAUUAAGCUCACUAAUUAUGGUGCAACUGUGGUUUCUGUUAUCCUUCCAGAUAAAAAUGGAAAAUUAGACGAUGUUGUUCUUGGGUUUGAUUCAGUUGAUGACUACAAGAAUGAUACCACAUACUUUGGAGCUAUUGUUGGACGUGUUGCUAAUAGAAUUGGAAGAGCUCAAUUUGCUUUGAAUGGAACUGUUUAUAAGUUGGUCCCUAAUGAUGGAAGGAACAUGCUACAUGGUGGCCCUGAAGGUUUUAGUGAGGUUGUUUGGGAUGUAGAUAGUCAUGAUGAUGACCACAUAACAUUCACCUAUAACAGCUUUGAUGGAGAGGAAGGUUUUCCUGGUGAUGUUUCUGUGUCUGUGACAUACAUGAUACUUAAAACAAACAAGCUAGCAGUGAAAAUGUGGGCUAAGCCUCUAAACAAGCCUACCCCAUUGAACUUGGCUCUGCAUGCUUACUGGAAUCUUGGUGGUCACAACAGUGGUGACAUCCUUUCUCAUACUAUCCAACUUUUUGGAUCCAAAGUGACUCCAGUCGAUGAAGAACUCAUUCCGACCGGAGAAAUCGUCAACGUCAAGGAUACGCCUUAUGAUUUCCACCAAGCCCGGGAGAUAGGGAGCAUGUUGAAUGAAUUGCCUGAUGGAUAUGACAUCAAUUAUGUGUUAGAUGACUUGAACCCUGGACACUUUAAGAAGGUUGCUGUUGUGCAAGAAAGCGUAUCUGGGAGGAAGCUGGAGCUGUGGACUAAUCAGCCUGGAGUGCAGUUUUAUACAAGUAACAUGCUGGACAAUGUCAAGGGGAAAGGUGGAUUUGUUUAUGCUAAGCAUGCUGGUAUUUGCUUAGAGACUCAAGGAUUUCCUGACGCGGUCAAUCACCCGAAUUUCCCUUCCCAGAUUGUUAAUCCUGGAGAGAUUUAUCAGAACAUUAUGAUUUAUAGGUUCACUGCACAUUAG